AUUACUAUUCAAAGCCCCUUUCUUAAGUGCUUCUUCUGCUUCUUUCUUGCCACUCUCACUCUCGAGCUCCAAAGACAAAACCGUUCUCUGAAAAGUGGGAAAAAAAGAGCCGUUGCUGUCUCAGAAUAUUAACGUUACAAUCCCAGAGAAACAAGAAGGAGAAGAAGAAGAAGCAGAGGAAUAAGUUUGGCAGAGAAGAAGACCCAAUGGGGAGAGAUUUCGGGCUUGUUUUCGUGGUCUCACUGUUGCUUCUACUGUUGGAUUUAUGCAGUGGAAGCUUUGUUGGAGUGUGCUACGGAAGAAACGCCGAUGAUCUUCCUGUACCCGACAAGGCGGCGGAGCUUGUCAAACUUCAUAACAUAAAGUAUGUAAGGAUUUACGACUCCAAUGUGCAGGUCCUCAAGGCCUUCGCGAACACUGGAAUUGAACUUAUGAUUGGGGUCCCAAAUUCGGACUUACUGCCCUUCUCUCAGUUCCAAUCCAAUGUAGAUACCUGGCUUAAGAACAGUAUCCUUCCUCACUACCCAGCCACAAAGAUUACAUACAUUACUGUUGGUGCUGAAGUUACGGAGACUCCCGGCAAUAUUUCUGCUUUAGUAGUGCCUGCCAUGAAAAAUGUGCUUGCAGCCCUUAGAAAAGUUGGUCUAAGUAGGAAGAUUAAAGUGUCAAGCACCCAUUCCCUUGGAGUUUUGUCCCGAUCGUUUCCUCCCUCUGCGGGAGCUUUCAAUAGUAGCCAUGCUUUUUUCCUCAAGCCCAUGCUUGAAUUUCUCGCCGAAAAUAGCUCUCCCUUCAUGAUAGAUAUUUAUCCUUACUAUGCUUAUAGAGAUUCUGCAACCAAUAUUUCUCUGAACUAUGCUCUAUUUGAGUCGUCCUCGGAGGUGAUUGAUCCAAAUACCGGUUUGUUGUACACAAACAUGUUUGAUGCUCAGAUUGACGCUCUCUACUUUGCAUUGAUGGCCUUAAAUUUCAAAACCAUUAAAGUUAUGGUCACAGAAACAGGCUGGCCUUCCAAAGGGUCACCUAAGGAGACGGCUGCAACACCUGAUAAUGCGCAAACUUACAAUACCAAUCUCAUUCGCCACGUGAUAAACAAUACCGGAACUCCUGCAAAGCCUGGACAGGAGCUAGAUGUGUAUAUAUUCUCUUUGUUCAAUGAAAAUAGGAAGCCAGGAUUGGAAUCCGAAAGAAACUGGGGGUUAUUUUAUCCGGAUCAGACUAGUGUCUAUAACCUAGACUUCACUGGAAGAGGCUCUGUGGAUAUAGCUACGGGGGCUAAUUCUACUAGUUUAAAUGGAACUACAUGGUGCAUUGCUUCGAACAAGUCUUUGGAAAUGGACUUGCAAAACGCAUUAGAUUGGGCUUGUGGUUCUGGAAACGUGGAUUGCACUGCUAUUCAGCCUAGCCAGCCUUGUUUUGAGCCAGAUAAUCUGGCGUCUCAUGCAUCUUAUGCGUUCAACAGCUUCUACCAGCAGAAUGGGGUCACUGAUGUCGCUUGCAGCUUCGGAGGGGCAGGGAUUAGAGUUGACAGGGAUCCAAGCUAUGACAGUUGCAUCUACAUGACUGCCGGGAGCAACAAAACUAUUGCGAGUAACACAACGGCAAUGUCUUCAAAGUCUUCUUCCCCGCUCAACGCUUUUCCUUCAGUGUUCUCUAUGGUCAUUCUCGCAACCAUCAUCUCAUUUCUCCUUGAAACUGUCAACCAUGUGUAAGGUGUUUGAUGUUGAAGGAAACACAGUGGAUAUUUUUUCCGUCACAACGCGCGGCGAUUGAGCUGACGUUGGAAAAUAUGUUGGUUGGAAAAAUUUUGUAUGUAAUGACUAGAUUUUUAAGAGAAUGGUGCACAACUGAUAACACCAUCUACGUUGUAAGAUGAAAUUUAUGUAUACCUCUUGAACAUAUGGUAGUUACAGAUUUGUGCCCCAUGUGUUAGUAGCACCAUUUUUUUUUUUUUUUCGUUCUCUGAAAUAUUUGUUAAUUGCACACUUUUGUAAUUGUAAGUGAGGGGGUUUAGGUACGAAUAGUUUUGAAAUAUUCAUUUCAUUUGCAUCAUGUACA